AUGGUUGGGAGGUUUACUGGAGUGUGGGAGGGUGGGCUGAGGAGUAUGGGGGUUGGGAUGGCUGUGCGGAUGGAUGAGCAGAUCUUGGAUAGUGUAUGGAACCGUGACGAUAUAUCCACGUCUCUCGGGGGUUUCGAGACACGCAACUGCGACACAGAUUAUCGACAUGGCUGCUUGAAAAGCUUACGCACUUCUGUCUUCCUAAGGAGUAAUUCCUGCUUAUGCGAAUCGGCAACAAGACGUGAAUCAAUAGCAUCCAUGUCAAACGGGACCCCCGACCCAGUGGCAGGAUAUAAACAGGCAAGGGUGUUGGAAGAGGGCAUGCACAACGGCGAGCUAGACAGACGUGAAAGCCGAACAGCAAUUCCAAGGGAAGAUGACGCCGAUAGUGAAAAUGAGGCAGAAGAUGAGACUGAAGAGGCGGACGAAGCAGAACAUCCGAAUGCAAAGAUGCAGUGGACGUGGACUGAUUUGAUGUUGGACGAGAAACAAGCAUAG